AAAUCACAUGGAACUAUUUGCAAACAAAGAAUUUAGUUUUAGAGUUAAAUUGAAUUUGCGACGCAUUCAUUCUUAUUAAGACUUGAACUCGAGAAAACCUUAAAACAAUUUUUAAUGUUUUGUUUUUGUUUAUUUAUUAUAAUCGAGUAACUUAGAAGGCAGUGAUAAAUAAAUUAUUUAAUAUUUUGCCGACAUCAAAAAGCGCGCUAAAAAGAAAGAUAAAAAAUGAAAUUACAAAUUAAGUCGGAGAAUUUGAGACUGAAAAGAGACGACUUGAACGUGAAAAAUGAUUUGAGUGACGAUGAUUUUGAGCCCUGGGCGCAACUGAAUACAUUACGAGCCGAUGCUGAUCAAGAUCCUUGGAGAAAAUAUAGAUGGUUCAAUCCUUCUUGCAUUCCGAUCACACUUAUUUUCAUUUUAAUUUUUGUGAUUGUGUUGCUUCCAUUAUUCGAUCCCAUUACCGAAAAUCCACCACAUGCUGUACUCAAUGGAACUAAUUAUGUUUGCACUGAUAAAUGCAGGAUACAGCUGGUAGAAAGUAUUCCUGAAGGUCUAAACUUCUCCGACAACAGUCCAAAAUUCUUAUCAACUUACGAUGCUUGGUCGAUUUUACUUAAUUCAACAAAGAAUUCCCUUGAUAUUGGUUCUUUCUAUUGGACACUUCGAGGUGCAGAUUUUUACAAUCACACCUCUGCAUGGCAAGGAGAAGAUAUUUUCAAAAAACUUAUGACUUAUGGCCGUAGGAAAAAAUACCAAAUUCGUAUUGCUCAAAGUAUACCAACAGCAAAUGAACCAAAUUUCGAUACACAAAUAUUGACAAAACGAAAGGCUGCUGAUGUCCGAUCGGUUAAUUUUCCUCGAUUGUUGGGUGGCGGUGUAUUGCAUACGAAACUAUGGGUUUCGGAUGGACAGAAUUUCUAUUUGGGAAGCGCCAACAUGGAUUGGAGAUCGCUUACACAAGUUAAAGAACUUGGUGUUCUAGUUACUAAUUGCACAUGUCUAGCCAAAGAUGUGGCUAAGAUCUUUGAAGCGUAUUGGUUUUUGGGUCGUAAUGAUUCCGAAAUCCCUCCUCGAUGGCCUGAAUUCUAUUCAACUAAAUUUAAUGUCAAGUCUCCUAUUUCUGUUCAGUUCAAUGAUGAUCUCAAUUUUAACACUUUCUUUUCGAGCUCUCCACCACCAUUCAGCGCGACUGGUAGGACAAAUGACUUAGAUGCAAUAGUCAAUGUUAUUUUGAGUGCCGAAAAGUUUGUGCACAUAGCUGUAAUGGAUUACUAUCCUCUCAUAAUCUAUUCACCCAAAAUAAGGUAUUGGCCGUUCAUCGACGAUGCCCUUAGAACAGCUGCUAUUGAAAAUAAAGUCUCAGUGAAGUUGUUGAUAUCUCUUUGGGGUAGUUCUCGACCUUCUGAAGAUUAUUUCCUCAAAUCACUAUCAAGUUUAACAUCAUCAUUUAAAGGAGUUGAUAUUGAAAUCCGCCGGUUUAUUGUACCAGCCGAUCCAGAUCAAGCUAAAAUUCCAUUCGGAAGGGUUAACCAUAAUAAAUAUAUGGUAACUGAUAAUACAGCUUACAUAGGAACAUCAAAUUGGUCUGGUGAUUAUUUUACUGAUACCGCUGGGAUAGGUUUGAUUAUAAAAGAUUCAAAUAAUGAUCGUAAAGAUAACGACACCACCAUUGUCACUCAGUUGACAAGCGUUUUCGAAAGAGACUGGAAUAGCCCGUAUGCUUUUGAAUUAUGAAAAGUAUUUUAAUGUAAAGAACCCAAAAGAUUGAUUGGGAAUUUGGAUCGAAUUGCUGCCAAAAAGCCUUAAGUCAAUACAGUCAAUAACGUGAUCGUAAAAAGCAAUGAAUUCCAUCGUAAUGGGAAAUUUUUACGAAUCCCGAAAAACUGUAUCAUGAAAUCCGUUCGUAGUGGAAAAUCUCACACAAUUUUGUAUUACGAAUGGAUUUCAUGAUACAGUUUUUCGGGAUUCGUACAAAUUUCCGAUUACGAUGGAAUUCAUGAUAGGGCUGAUUCAGCCCUAACGAAUUUGGCUUUCGACGAUAUCAAAUCAAAAGCAAAAAGUAUUUUCGUCAACAAACUACACGCGAAUGCAUUGCGGCAGUUUAACUCCUUAUUAAAAUAAAUAAUUGUAAAUAAAUGGAAUUUUUUAAAGAUUUUUGGAGCUAAAAUAAAAUUCAGGCUAUUAUGGGCUUAUUUAUAAUCUAAA